UUCCGUUUGAAGACUACGGUCACACUGCUCAAUUUUUUGGGUGUUUUAAAAAGCGUGAAAAAACGCAUAAAUAGACCAAACGGCCGUAUAUUAGCCAAAUAAGAUAAGCUGAGGACAACGGGCACACGCCGGUGUCGAAGACCCAAUCAAUCGAUAACGUCAAAAGGCGACAAACGCCUUAGCAGCAGUAGCCACAGCCCAGGCCGACACAGAGAGAAGAGUUAUUGAACCACGGGAACGGGGACGGGGAAGCAAGGGACACGGGACGAGAGGAAUAGGAGGGUGUGUGUGUGAGCGUGUGUAUGUGUGUGUGUGUUUGAGAGUGUGGGCAGAGAGAGGUGGAGCGGUUGUAGUUUUGUUUGGAGUGGAGCAAAACCACGAUACGAGUUCACGGCGUUUACCUCAACAAAAAAAAAAAGAAACAAAACGACAAUCCGACGAAUUUGAAGAGUGUAGUAAAUAAAUAUUGUGAAACCAAAGCUUGGCAAGGCAAAGGCCCAGACAAAGAGGCAGUGGCAGAGCAGCAGCAGCGGCGACCGCACCCCAAUGUCAAAUAGCCAACAAGCUCAUGCCGGUAGCAGUGGGAGCGCAGAUGAACCGAACCCGAAUCAGUCGGCGGCCUCGGCCACGUCGGCCGCCAAUUUGACAUCACCAUCAACAACAACACCAGCAGGAGCAGCAACAACAACUACAGCGCCAGCAACAAACGCAGCCUCCUCCCAUUCUCACUCUCAGGCAAUGCCCCCAUCGGCUUCCCCAGCUCAGGCAACAGCGCCACCCCCACACAUAGUUGGAGCUUCCACAGCUGAACCCACGGUUGUGGUGGGUGUGGGGAGUAGUGAAGGGCCGGUAACAAGCACGAACUUGGCUGCCGAUUCCUCUCCCCGAGAGUCUGGUGAUGAUUCUGAGGAUGAGAGCGAAAUACUGGAAGAGUCACCAUGCGGGCGCUGGCUUAAGCGGCGCGAGGAAGUCGAUCAGCGCGAUGUGCCCGGUAUCGAUUGUGUCCAUCUGGCUAUGGACACUGAGGAGGGCGUUGAAGUCGUUUGGAACGAGGUGCAAUAUGCCAAUCUGCAGGAGCUCAAGUCGCAGGAGGACAAGAUGCGUCAAGUGUUUGACAAUCUGCUGCAGCUGGACCAUCAGAAUAUAGUCAAGUUCCAUCGAUACUGGACGGAUAUACAGCAGCCGGAGCGACCGCGAGUCAUCUUCAUAACGGAGUACAUGUCGUCCGGCUCGCUAAAACAGUUCCUCAAGCGCACCAAGCGCAACGCCAAGCGUCUGCCAUUGGAGUCAUGGCGGCGAUGGUGCACCCAGAUCCUGUCCGCGCUCAGUUAUUUGCAUUCCUGCACACCGCCCAUCAUUCAUGGCAAUCUAACCUGUGAUAGCAUUUUCAUCCAGCACAAUGGUCUGGUCAAGAUCGGCUCGGUGGUGCCCGAUGCGGUCCACUAUAGUGUGCGUCGCCAGCGAGAAAGGGAACGCGAGCGGGAACAGCGUGAACAGGAACGGGGUGCCCACUACUUCCAGGCUCCCGAAUAUGGAGCUGCCGAACAAUUGACUGCCGCACUGGACAUUUAUGCCUUUGGUAUGUGCGCCUUAGAGAUGGCCGCCUUGGAGAUUCAGUCCAACAAUAGCAAUAACGAGUCAACGGCCAUCAAUGAGGAGACUAUACAGCGCACAAUUAUUAGCCUUGAAAACGAUCUGCAAAGGGAUCUGAUACAAAAAUGUCUCAAUCCACAUCCGCAGGAUCGUCCAAGUGCUAGCGAUUUGUUAUUUCAUCCACUGCUCUUUGAGGUGCACGCUCUGAAAUUGCUAACAGCGCACUGUCUGGUCUUCUCUCCCGCCAAUCGCACCAUGUUCUCGGAAACUGCCUUCGACAGCCUGAUGCAGCGCUACAACCAACCCGAUGUGAUAAUGGCACAGUUAAUAUCUAAUGGCCAAGAGGUUCAGUAUCGCCUCUCUGAUGUGCCCGGCGCCGACAAACUGGAGAAAUUUGUUGAAGAUGUCAAAUAUGGCGUCUAUCCGCUGAUCACGUACAGCGGCAAAAAGCCGCCGAAUUUCCGAUCACGAGCCGCGUCACCGGAGCGUGCUGAUUCUGUGAAAUCAGCCACUCCGGAGCCGGUGGACACGGAAUCGAGACGUAUUGUUAACAUGAUGUGCAGUGUCAAGAAAUUGAAGGAAGAUGGUAAUGACAUUCUGAUGACAAUACUGCUGCGUAUGGACGACAAAAUGAAUCGCCAACUGACCUGCCAGGUAAAUGAGGAUGAUACAGCGGAGGACUUAACCAGCGAGUUGGUGCGUCUCGGAUUUGUUCAUCUGGAUGAUCAGGAUAAGAUUCAAGUGCUGCUGGAGGAGACUCUUCGGGUAGGUGUUUGUAACGAUGGAUCCGGUGCCGAAAGUUCAGGAGCUGGUGUGACAACAACCGCCACCAUGGCUGCCCUUGAGCAAUUGGAGCGAAACUGGUCGAUAUCUGAUGCUGAUCAAACGACCAUGACUAGCAGCAUGACGGUGAAUAGCAGCAGUUCACCACCGACCACAACGCCAGCAGUGUCUACACCGGCAGUGAUGUAUGUGCCACAGGAGCAGCAGCAGCAGCGGCAGGAUCAGCUGGAUGCCGAUCACCUAACGGGAACGACGAGCAAUUGAGAGUAUCAUUUAGUAUUCAAGGCUAGCUGGCGCGCAUUGUUUUUAUUAUUAUUAUUAUUAUAAUAACGGAAAAUUACACUACGAUUUUAUUGCUACUAUUAUUUGUUAUUUUUAUACAGUAUGCAUAUGUAUAUACCCAAUAUAUGUAUAAUGUAUAUGUAUGUAUUUGAAAUAAUAUUUAUGUAUGUAUGUAUCAUAUAAAUGAUGUUGUGCAAGGCUUCCAUUACUAGAAUUCAAUGACGACAUACAACACCCACAUAUACCCACACCCACACCCACUCCCAUACCCAUACCUAUAUCAUCAUAGGCAGCUGCGAGCUUAUAAUAUUCGAGCAUUCGCUUAGCACUAACUACUCUGGAGAUUUCUCGAAUCCAAUUCGCAUUUCUCUCAAGCUACUCACACUUGUAUGUAUAGCUCUAUAUAUUUUGAAAAGAAAAAAGAAACACAAAACAAAAACUAUUUCAAAUAUAACGUUUGGGCCUCCGCGCCUUUAAUAUGA